AUGAACGUUAUAUUGAACGGUAUUCGUCAGUUUACCUACCAGGUGUCGCAUAAUAUAUCCACAUUUGAACGAACCAUCUUUGUUCUACGGCUGUUGACAUCUUUUUUAGGUUUAGCAUUUGGAUUAAUAACAAUUCUAUCAUCAACAAUUUCACCUUUGACAUUUUAUUUGUUUCGAUUUAACUUUUCGCUAACAAAUUUGAAAGAUGGUCUUGUCGAAUAUUUAGAAGGAUCUGUAAACAAUUCUGAUAGUUCGUUAUCAACAUCAGAAGUUCUUUUGCUCGGCAAAUAUGCAAAUACCCAAAUCCAGCAUGCACCAAGUUAUAUAGUCAUGUCUCUAAACCAAAUCUGUUACAUUACAUAUCCCGAGGUUAUUGGAUCAACAAAUUUCAAAGAGACAACAGUACUAUCAAACUGUGAAAGUAUUGACUUUUCAUUUAUUUUCAAUUAUAAACAGACCCUUUAUAAAUAUGGUCUUUCGAUUAUCCUUUUUUUUGCAUAUGGUGAUACAAAGUAUGACAUUGAGGAAUCAGAUCAGAACAAUACAUAUGCCAGGUUCCUAAGAAAUGCAUCGAACAAGAAAGAGAUUGCUUUUAUAUUUUUAGUGGUCACUAUAUUGCUCGAAUUUAUCGUGCUUCUUUUGACGCCAUAUUAUUACAGCAUUAAAAAUAAAACAAUCAAUGGCCUAAAAGAAGUUUUCAUUCUCCAUUCAAUCUCAACCCUCACUUUGAUAUCAUUAGCUACAGGAGCCACUGGAUGUGGAAUAUUUAGUUGGCUCUGUUGGGCACUUAAACUUAGAAUAGAGAAAGAAUUAGGAGGAUUUGGCUUAUCUAUCAAUCUGGGCAAGGCCUGGUUCAUAUGUCUUGGUAUUUUUACAGGAUCGGCGUCAUUAUCUGCGUUCUUUUGGUGUGGUCUUGAAUGGUGUGUCACUAAUAUCGAGACACCUGAUUAUGCAGAUACAAUCCAGAGUGAUAAACAAAAUAUUCUGGAUUACAAGCCAGGUGUUAUAACUAAUUUUAAUACGGAAACAUUUAGUAAUAUCGACAAAGACCAGAUUAAAUCAGAUACCCGUUUUAGAGGUUUUAGUAACUCUUCCACUUUUAAUAAAAACACAGACGUUUAUUUGGAGAGAAUCUCACAAGUAGAUGACAUAAAUUCUGAUACAAUCGAGAACAUUUUUGAAGACGAGGCAUUUGAACUAAACAGUCUUUCGAAAUCACUUAGUGAUGAGAGUACAUCAACCAGCAUAGAUCAUCCAAUAAGACCUUCUCGCUUAUUCUGA